UAAGCGAAAGCAUAAGACGAUAAAAACUUUUAUUUUUACUCUGGAAUAAAUCGUGCGCGCAAUGAAAUUCUAUUGUCGAAAAAUGUUACAAAGGGUGUUAAUGUGAGAAAAUUGUGAAAACACAUUGCUAUUGCCAAGCGAACGGGCUAAAAAAUCAUCUGCCUCUGAAAUAAUUUCCAGUUGAAAUUGUGCAAAACAGGGUGUCCGUGUCCGUUUGCAUUGCCAUUGAUGAUAUAUACCAACAGUCGAAGAGCAUUGUAAGAAGAAAAGCACAACUCCGACCACCUAAUACUAAAACAACAACAACUAUUGGCAGUCACCCCACUGAGCGACACCGUCUACUAACCACCGCAGCUGCAUUAACGGCGGCGUUGCCGACUUCUCCUGCCAAGAUCCUGCUUAAAAGCAACAAUACUAGAUUAAACUCAGGCACAGGCUGUAACUGAAUAACAUAGAACAUGAUGUUUACGGGCAAACUGCAGAUCAAGGUGUGCGAGGCUAGCGGCCUGCGUCCAACAGAUUUUCAAAAACGUCAUAAUUUAACAUUUGGCAAAUUGGCCGAUGAGCAACUCAUUGAUCCCUACGUGUCCAUAGAUGUCGACGAGAGUCAUUUUGAUCGCUCGACCACCAGACCAAAGACGUUCGAUCCCGUUUGGAACGAACAGUUUGUGCACGAUGUGACCAAUGCGCGCAAUAUUAAUCUAACUGUUUUUCAUGAUGCUGCACUGCCGCCAGAUGACUUUGUUGCCAAUUGCAUUAUACCAUUUGAAGAUCUAAUGCAAAGUGAAACGGCUGUGCCAGAUCUAUGGAUAAACCUAGAGCCUCAGGGUAAAAUUCAUGUCAUUAUUGAACUUAAGAACCGCAAUGGUAGGCAAUCUCACUAUGAUCAAGCCAAGGCUGAUGCUGAAGUCGAACAGACUGUGGCCGUCAACAAGGAGUUCAAAGAACGCGCUGGCUUUAAUCGACGACGCGGUGCUAUGCGUCGUCGUGUACAUCAGGUCAAUGGGCACAAGUUCAUGGCAACAUUUUUACGCCAGCCAACCUUUUGUUCACAUUGCCGCGAGUUUAUUUGGGGAAUUGGUAAACAAGGCUAUCAAUGUCAAGUCUGCACCUUAGUUGUACAUAAGAAAUGUCAUCUGUCUGUGGUCUCCAAAUGUCCUGGCAUGCGCGAUGAGCAAGCCAAAGUGGAGGUGGUGCCGGCUGGACAAAGGUUCAAUGUCAAUGUGCCGCAUCGGUUCGUGGUGCACAGUUAUAAGCGCUUUACAUUCUGCGAUCAUUGCGGCUCCCUGCUCUAUGGCCUGAUCAAGCAAGGCCUGCAAUGCGAAACCUGUUACAUGAAUGUGCAUAAGCGUUGCCAGAAGAAUGUGGCCAAUACGUGCGGCAUUAAUACCAAGCAAAUGGCUGAAAUACUCAGCCAGCUGGGCAUCUCGCCGGAUAAGCAGGGCCAGCAGCCGCGUCGCUCCAAGUACUUGAGUCAGGCUGGCGGCGAGGAUAACUAUGCAGCCGCGCUAUGUGGCGAGGGUGCUGACAAUGCGGCCGGCACAUCAUUUCGCAGCGGUACUUUGUCAGCGGAUAGCUUGGCCACGUCCACAACCACGCUAACCAGUGGCUAUAAUAGCAGCAGCUGCAUGAGCCUCGUCGUUGGUGCUGGCGACUCACGUCCGGGCAAAUGUUCGCUGCUGGACUUUAACUUUAUCAAGGUGCUGGGCAAGGGAUCGUUUGGCAAGGUCAUGCUGGCCGAGAAGAAGGGCACCGAUGAAAUCUAUGCCAUCAAGGUGCUGAAGAAAGAUGCCAUCAUACAGGACGACGAUGUGGACUGUACAAUGACCGAGAAGCGCAUUCUGGCCUUGGCCGCCAAUCAUCCGUUCUUAACGGCACUGCACUCGUGCUUUCAAACACCCGAUCGCUUGUUCUUUGUCAUGGAAUAUGUGAACGGUGGCGAUCUGAUGUUUCAAAUACAAAAGGCGCGACGCUUUGAGGCGUCACGCGCUGCAUUUUAUGCCGCCGAAGUUACGCUGGCAUUGCAAUUUCUGCAUACCCAUGGAGUUAUCUAUCGCGAUUUGAAACUGGAUAACAUACUGCUCGACCAGGAGGGCCACUGUAAGCUCGCUGACUUUGGCAUGUGCAAGGAGGGCAUAAUGAAUGGCAUGCUGACUACAACAUUUUGCGGCACACCGGAUUACAUUGCACCGGAAAUUCUCAAGGAGCAGGAAUACGGCGCCUCGGUAGACUGGUGGGCGCUUGGUGUGCUCAUGUAUGAAAUGAUGGCCGGCCAGCCGCCGUUUGAGGCGGACAAUGAGGAUGAGCUAUUCGAUUCGAUUAUGCACGAUGAUGUGCUGUAUCCAGUUUGGCUGUCCCGCGAAGCAGUGUCCAUACUAAAAGGUUUUCUCACCAAGAAUCCUGAGCAGCGCUUGGGCUGUACUGGCGAUGAAAAUGAAAUACGAAAACAUCCGUUUUUCAAUAAGCUGGACUGGAAGGAACUGGAGAAACGCAACAUAAAGCCACCAUUCCGACCAAAAAUGAAAAACCCACGCGAUGCCAAUAACUUUGAUGCCGAGUUCACCAAAGAGGAGCCAGUACUCACACCAAUUGGCAAUGAUGUUAUACGCUGCAUCAAUCAGGAUGAAUUUGCUGGCUUCUCGUUUGUCAAUCCCAAAUUUGGGCCAGAGCGUAAAGUGUUUUAAGCCAGCUGAACAACGUUUUGGCGUACACCAAAAACAUUUUUUCAAGAACACAAAACUUGCAACAGUCAAAAUUUGUAACACAGAGGGGCAGCAGCAAUUGUUUGCCAAGUUUUAAAUUAGGUACAGAGACCUUGUUACCUAUGCUAUGCUAUGCUCUUAGCUUAUUCCUAGCCCUAGCUUAACUCUAGCACUUUUGAACUUUUGCUUCCGUUGAAGAGAAUUCUUUAUAAUUUUACGAAAGCUUUAUUGUUGUCUGUUUCGAGUUGUUGUCAAUAAUUUUUAUUUCGUUUUAAGUUCAUUGUUGGAAUAUACAAAAGCGUAGCUCUAAAGAACAAAAACAAAAUCGAAAUCGUAUAUAAACCUAAUAUGAAACAAGCAUUAGGAGAAGACAAAAGUAUUGCAAAGUAAUGUAUAGAUAACAACAACAACAACAACAGACAUUGCGUAGAUUACGCACAGUGCCAAUAAAUCUAUUGACUAUAAAUUGUAUGCACUUACACACACAAAAACACGCACACACACACACACACACUAUGAUUAACACAAAAUACUAUUUAUUAUUGUUAGUUUGUUAAUGCUUACGUUUCGUUUCCGUCUACUUAUUAAUUUUUUCUUGUGCCUGUUGCUCGUGUUAAUGCUCAAAAAUGUCCUUUUAAAGCUAGGCGCUAACUUUGCAGCUUUACGUACAUUAUAACCUAUUCCAAAUAGCAUAUUAGUGUGCUCUUCCAGUCAAAGCCCCUCUCACCAUCCUACUUGCAUCUAGUCAAAUGUUAUUUGUUGCAAAUGCAGCGCCAGGCUUUUUUGUUGUUAUUAGUUUUUUAACUUAUUGAAUGUGCCGAAUCUCAAAGAAACAUCCAACUAACACUUGUUGCCUAUGCUUCUAUGCGAAUCUCAAGUGUAAACAAUAGCCAAUAUGCACAAACACAUACACACACAUACAAUUAUGAUAAACAAACAUAAAUGUGUAUUUCAGCUACUGCACAAUUUCUUCUCAAGUAUUAAACCGAUAUUAUUUUUAUUUUAUUUUUUUGUAAAUUAACUUAUUGUUAACAAGUUGAAAGCCAAAAACACAUGCAUACUAAGCUUAGCACAAAACAAAACCGUUUAACAAAAAAAGAAAAACAUUUCUAUAUUUAUUUAUAUACAUACCUAUUGUUUUAUAACAAAUACAAAUAAAACAAAAUGUGUUUAGCCAUGUAAGUUGCAACAAACCAAAAAGCAAAAUCUGCAAACAUAACUAUAUACAUACAUAUGUAACUAUAUAAAUCGGCACCAUACAAUUUGUGUGUGUUCGAAAGAAACAGCGCUGAUAUAUAUAUACAUAUAACCAAAGAUAAUAGAACAACGUAAACCUAAGAUCAAAUGCGGUUGGUCUAAGGCUGGUUGUUCUACAAUCUUUGAUAUAACAUAUGCAUUAAUAGCGUUUAACUAGAGUAUGUGAAGCAAGCAGUUAAAACUGUACAAAACAAAUAUAUAUAUAUGAAACUAAUGAACAAAGUUAUAGUACAUAAUAACAUGGCAUUACAACAUGCGUAUGUAUAUGUUGAUUUUAAACAAAACCAAAGACUCAACAGAAUUUUUUGAGCAAACCAAUGCAAAUCCAUUUGCGACAACAGCCUUAAAUGUUCAACAAAAAAAUUGAGGCUCAGUUUCAACAAAUGGUUUGUAAGUUUGCAUUAUUGUUUUGAACAACAAAAAAAUGUUUAAUUAUAUAAUUAUGUUCUUUCCGUUUGUUUGAUAGCAAUUACAAAAUUGAACUUUUUAAAUGUACUACACGAUUUUUGUGCAGCAUUUAUAAGAGCACAAGAGAAACAAAACAAAUAAAACAAUAUAGAAUUGCCGUGUAACUAAGUUUGAUAAAUUUGUAUGCAAAAUGCUAAAGAAAUUAGCAAAUAAUAUAAAUUAAUAAUAAUAAUUGAAAUAUGGCAGCAUAGAAAAAUUACUAACUGUAAGCAAACAAUUGUUAACUAAAAUGAAAAUCCAACAAAAAAGAAUUGUAUGUAAUGAUAACAAAACAGAUGUGUAAUAAUAAUAAUAAUAAUACUAUAUAAAUAUACUAUGAAAUAGCAAACCGAGCGCUAGUUAACCGCAUCAAUGUUAACCACAAGUAUUCUCAACGCCGCAUUUUAUUAAAACAAAAAACACCCAUACAGCCAGUACAUAAUUAUUAAAAAAUAUUACACACAUAUACAUAUAUAAAAAAAGAAUUGUUAGGCAUGCUUAUGUAAAUAAUUACAUACAUAAAUUGUAACGCAUAAAUCGGGAAAAUACAACUCAAAUAUACAUAAAAGCAAACAUAUUGAUAAGUCCUUGAGCACCGUCUUCAACUCAAUACAAAUAACAAAAACUUUGUCUGCUUUUAAGUUUUCUCAUAUACAUAAAUGCAUAUACUGCAAAUAAAUUGGAAAAUAUAACUCAACAUGGCUUUGCUUGGCUAUAUUUUCCAUAAACUGUUACAAGCUGUUAUGUGGCAUGCCCCACAAAGCACAUGCCACCACCUUUUUCAUGUACCUAUUGCAAUUUAGAUUCUAUAAAUAGAAAAAUAUAAAUAAAAAACAUUUUAUGAAAGAAGCGUAUUAAAAUGCAAAUCUAAAAAGCUGUUAACUGAUAUGAUGCAGAUCAGAAGAUAUAUAUAUAUAUAUUUACUCACUGGAAGAUGCAAAUGUAUUUAAAACAAAAACAACAAACAAAUUAUAUUGAAACAACAACCAACAACAUAAAUAAUAUUAACGUUAAGUUUAAUGAGCAGGUAAAUAAGCUACAAAAAAAAGUCAAAAGUCAACAGUUGAUAUGUUGUAAAAAAAAAGAAAUUUAGACAAAACCAAAAAUAAAUACAUGAAUUAAGGCGAAGAUAGUGAGUGUUAUUCAAGAUACUAAUUGGUAACAAAGUGUGUAUGAGGAAGAAAAGAAAAAUAACCAAAGAACAAAUUACAUAAAUUGAUUUGUAAUUUUAAGUGAAAAUUUAAUGAA